AUGGCAUCUCCGUCUACUGCCGCCCUGAGCGCCUAUCGCCAGAUCCUACGUGCCACUCGUGUUGCCUUCCGAGACGACGUCCGAGUGAUGGUUGCCUCUCGUCAAGAAGCCCGUCGCAACUUCGAUCAGAACCGCCGUGUCGCCGUUGACACCGGUAUGCAGAUCAACCACGCCAUCGAGGUUGCCAACAUUCUCCGCCACAAUCUGGUGCAGGGUGCUCGUGAAGAUGGCAACGAGGCCGCCAAGUGGGAACUCCGGAUCCAUGACGAGAUUGAGCGCGGCGACAAUGACUCGAUCAAGGUUGGUGGCAAGGACGUCAAGAUUCACAAGGCUUGCUCCUCUUGA